UCCCGGGUCACCCGGCCGGUGGCGGGGGGACCAUGGCUUUGAAGGACACGGGCAGCGGCGGCGGCACCAUCCUGCCCAUUAGCGAGAUGGUCUCUUCGUCCAGCUCGCCCGGCGCGUCGGCCGCCGGCCCCGGGCCCUGCGCGCCCGCGCCCUUCCCCGAGGUGGUGGAGCUGAACGUUGGAGGCCAGGUCUAUGUGACCAAGCACUCCACACUGCUCAGCGUCCCGGACAGCACUCUGGCCAGCAUGUUCUCGCCCUCCAGCCCGGGCGGCGCCCGACGCCGGGGCGAGCUGCCCAGAGACAGCCGGGCGCGCUUCUUUAUCGACCGCGACGGUUUCCUCUUCAGGUACGUGCUGGAUUAUCUGCGGGACAAGCAGCUCGCGCUGCCCGAGCACUUCCCCGAGAAGGAGCGGCUCCUGCGCGAGGCCGAGUACUUCCAGCUCACCGACCUGGUCAAGCUGCUGUCGCCCAAGGUCAUCAAGCAGAACUCGCUCAAUGACGAGGGCUGCCAGAGCGACCUGGAGGACAACGUCUCGCAGGGCAGCAGCGAUGCGCUGCUGUUGCGCGGGGCGGCGGCCGCCGCCGCGCCCUCGGGGCGGGGCGCUCCGGGAGGCGUCGGGGGCAGCAGCGCUCCGGACAAGCGCUCGGGCUUCCUCACGCUGGGCUACCGCGGCUCCUACACCACCGUGCGCGACAACCAGGCGGACGCCAAGUUCCGGCGGGUGGCGCGCAUCAUGGUGUGCGGGCGCAUCGCGCUGGCCAAGGAGGUCUUCGGGGACACGCUCAAUGAGAGCCGCGACCCCGACAGGCCGCCCGAGAAGUACACGUCCCGCUUCUACCUCAAGUUCACUUACCUGGAGCAGGCGUUCGACCGCCUGUCUGAGGCCGGCUUCCACAUGGUGGCGUGUAACUCCUCGGGUACCGCCGCCUUCGUCAACCAGUACCGUGACGACAAGAUCUGGAGCAGCUACACCGAGUAUAUCUUCUUCCGGCCACCUCAGAAAAUAGUGUCACCAAAACAAGAACACGAAGAUAGGAAACAUGACAAAGUCACUGAUAAAGGAAGUGAAAGUGGGACCUCCUGUAACGAGCUCUCCACCUCUAGUUGUGACAGUCACUCAGAGGCCAGCACUCCCCAGGACAACCCAGCCAAUGCCCAGCAGGCAACAGCUCACCAACCUAACACCUUAACACUGGAUCGCCCUUCCAAAAAAGCACCUGUGCAGUGGAUGCCCCCACCAGACAAACGCAGGAACAGUGAACUCUUUCAGACACUCAUCAGCAAGUCCCGGGAAACGAAUCUUUCCAAAAAGAAAGUCUGUGAGAAGCUAAGUGUAGAAGAAGAAAUGAAAAAGUGUAUCCAAGAUUUUAAAAAAAUCCACAUUCCCGAUUAUUUUCCAGAACGCAAACGCCAAUGGCAGUCUGAACUGUUACAGAAGUAUGGGUUAUAGUAGUUAUCCUAUUCCUGCAGUAUUUUAAUGAUGUUCAAUGUUUACUACCAUGUCACCACCUGGCUGUGUCCUAACAAUGGUCAGUGUGAUUCUUGCUGCUCUUCUUUUUUGUGAACAGUGGAUGUGGGAAAGAAUUUUCUUUCGUUGUUUUUUUGUUAUUGUUUUUAGAAAUAUGAUAAAAAAUAAAUGUUGAUCAAAAUGGUGUCUCUGAUUCAAACUAUUUUACAGGAGUGAAAGUAAAAUAUGCAUGAUCAAGAAGCUUAGAAUACUGAUUUUUGAACUGUGGUCAAAUGGGUAUGUUUGUCAUUUUGUAACUCACGAAAAACAGAUCAUUUUAUCACUCCAGCUAAAAUGACAAUAUGGAUGAAACAAUGUGAAGUAAAAAUUUAUAUGAUGGUGUUAGGAACCAAAUUCAAACCUGUUUAAAUGUUAAUGCAAUAAAACAAGUAUUAUUUCUGCAUGAGCACAAUGUUACAAAUAAAUCACAAGACAUAGGAAGAUCUGUUUGUUGCUUGGAAAGAAAAAAAAUAUUCAAAAAAUAAAGCAAAAGAUAGUUUCAGGCAAAAUCUAAAUGUAAGCUGUCUAAGAGACUGAAUUUUCUUUGUUCUGGAUCUGUGAUUUUUUUGUGUAUGUAUAUGGUAUAAUGAUGGUGUAAAUAUGCCUUAUACUGUUGUGUUAUGGCACUGACAUUCACCUAUUAAUGCUAGUCCUGAUUAUUUCUGUGAAAUGAGUCUUUACAUCAGGCUGUGAAAAUUGGUAUAAUGAUGCUCUGAAAGAUCUUAUUAUCAUGUUAAUCAAAAAAUAGAGGGAAAUGAUAAAGAGCUUUAUGUAUUUAUUAAAAAAGGAAA